UUGGAGGUCCUGGGGACAUGGGGUCAGCAGGUGAGGCAGGUUAUAGGGGUGGGGCUGGAGGACCUGGGGACUUGGGGUCAGCGGGUGAGGCCAGUUAUAGGGGUGAUUUGGAGCAUUCUGGGGAUGCUUUGUCAUGGAGUGAGGCAGGUUUUCGGGAUGGUGUAAGGGGAGCUGGAAGAAUGGGGUCAGGGGAUGAGGGCAGUUAUCGGGGAGGCUCGGGAGGAUCUGCAGAGGUGGGGCCUGAGGGCGAGAUGCAGUAUGGAGAUGGUUCCGGGAAGUCUGGAGCACCGGGCUCACUGACUGGAAGGAGACACGAGGCAGGACCCAGAGACCACAAAGCCCUGGGGGAGGGGGCAGGGUGUUGGGCAGCAUCAGAGAGUGGCACAAGCUCCAAUGAUGGUCCAGAAAAGGGCAGGGGAAGGGGGCUUGCACAUGGGGCAGGCCCUGGGGUAGGCUCAGGGGUGCCCGGAUUGCCGGGUACUGUAGAUGGUGCAGCACACAAGGACAGCCCCUCCAGCUUAGGGAUGCUGGGGCCACAGGGAAGGCCACAGACUCUUUCAGAUGGAAGGGGCUCCAAGAACAGUCUCGGGGGCUAUGGAACCUCAGGGAUUCCUGAAGCCUCCGGGGCUGUUUUUUCCAAAGGAACAUCAAGUGUUGGAGAGUGGCAAGAUGGUUCUGGGAUCCCAGGGUCUCUUGGGCACAGAGGAGCUCCUAGAGGGGAGGGUGACUCUACAGGCCAAGCAGGGGAUUUGGGGACUUUUCGGUUCCUUGAUGGUAGAAAGUCAGUGGAGGGUGAGACCUGGGCAGGGACAGCUUCUCUGGAGUCUGGACAUGAACAGGACUUCAGGAAAGCAGGGUCAGGGACCAUGGACAAGGGUGGGGUGGCUGGCCCAUGGGGAGAAGCACCCCAAGGAGGUAGGGACUCACUACCAGGAGGCAGAAGGAUGGGAGCAGGUUCUGGUAGCUCACUGGGGGCAGGGCAGAUGGACAGCAGCUCUACACUUGGGGGAAGAGGCAAGUCAACAUCAGGGCCUGCUGAUGGGCCAGGAGUGAGCCGAGCUUGGGCCCCAGGCCGGGAAGAUCAGGAGUUUGGCCAAAGCAGCACACGUUCUGGGAACCAACUCCCAGGCUCCAUGGCCCGCGGUUCUUGGCAGAAGAAAGAUUCCCUUUUCCAGGGAUCCCAUGAGGGGCUAGAGGACUCUAGAGACAGGGAACAUGCACCAGGCCAUGAGGCUGCUGUUGGACGUCAAGGCUCAUGGUCUCUGGAGAGCAAAGGUUCAAGUUCUAGAAGGGGCGGGUCUGGUGGUGCAGAGGACUCAGGUGGCCUAGGCAAGGGGAAUGCCACAGGGUGGGGGGAUGGUCUUGCCCCCAAACCUGGGGAGUCCAGACUUCAGGGAUCCAGAAAUGGCUUAGAUGAUUCCUUUGGCAGAAAAGAUUCUGGAGGUAGAUCAGGAAGGAUCCAGGACUCAGGCUCUCAGUUAGGCCAAGGACAGCGAGGAGGAAGGGGGUCUCUUGAGGAGCAGGCGUUUUGGGGGGCUGAGAAUGACAAAGGCCAAGGUCCCAGAGCCCUAAAGGAGUAUGAAGGAUGGGAGGCAGAAGAGUCUGGAAGGUCAGGCAGGAGACCAGGUCCCCAUGGGAGCAGGUAUCAGGCCGAGUCUGGGGUUGAGGCAGCCAAGAGGUGGGGCACAGAGGAGGCCAGAGGCAGGAGGCAGCCACCUGGAAGUGACAAGGGAGAGCACCUGGGGGUGAAGAGUGAAGAUGAGAGCCAGGGCACCAGACAUCUCGGCAGCAGGAAAAGUGCCCAAGACAGCAGGUCGGACAUCCUCGGCGAGGGGCGGAGUGCCACGCAGAGUUCCAGAUCCAGAUACCAGCCCGACGCUGGCAGUUUCUCCCCAAAGGCCCGAGGCCCCAAGGGCUACUUCUCUCAGGGCUUGGCCGACACAGAGGUGCAGCUGGGGGAGGCCGCCACACUCUCCUGUACCCUCACCAGUGACCUGGGACCUGGUGCCUGGUUUAAGGAUGGAGUCAAGCUCACCGCCCAGGAUGGGGUCAUCUUUGAACAAGAUGGGCUGGUGCACAGACUCCUCAUUGACCGCGUGCAGGGCACCCAGGCCGGGAGGUACACCUUUGUAGCUGGCAACCAGCAGAGCGAGGCCACCCUGACGGUCCAGGAUCCUCCCAUUAUUGCUCCAGAUGUGACAGAGAAACUGAGAGAGCCGCUGGUGGUCAAAGCUGGGAAGCCAGUGACAAUGAAGAUCCCCUUCCAGAGCCACCUCCCUGUUCAGGCCACCUGGAGGAAGGACGGGGCCGAGGUGGUGGGCAGCAGCCGCAGGGGGGCCCAGGUGGCCCUCGGGGAUGGCUACACGCGGCUGUGCCUUCCCAGCGCGGGCAGGAAGGACGGUGGCCAGUACAGCGUGAUGCUAAGGAGCGAGGGAGGCUCCGUGCAGGCUGAGCUCACCCUGCAAGUCCUAGACAAGCCUCAGCCCCCACAGGGCCCCUUGGAGGUGCAGGAUGGCCACAGGGCUGGUGUCCACCUCCGUUGGCGGCCCCCAAAGGACGAUGGGGGCCGGGCUGUGGAGCACUACGUGGUGGAGAGGCGACAGGCUGGCAGGAGCACAUGGCUGAAGGUGGGCGAACCCCCCGCUGAUAGCACUACCUUCACCGACGCCGGCGUGGAGCAGGGCAGGAAGUACACCUUCCGUGUGCGAGCCGUGACCUCGGAGGGGGCUGGGGAGGCCCUGGAGUCUGCCGAGGUGCUGGUGGCUCCUGAGGCAACCCCCGGGCCCCCUUCUACCCCGGCCAUUCUGUCAGCCUCGAGCCAGGGCAUCACUCUCACAUGGACAGCACCUCGGGGCCCUGGCAGUGCCCACAUCCUGGGCUACCUGGUUGAGAAGCGCAAGAAGGGGAGCAACACCUGGACAGCAGUCAACGACCAGCCCAUGUCUGAGAGGAAGUGCACUGUGGAGGAUGUGCGGCAGGGCUGUCAGUACGAGUUCCGGGUCACAGCAGUGGCCCCCUCGGGCCUUGGAGAGCCUGGCCCCCCAUCUGAUGCUGUCUUUGCCAGAGACCCCAUGAGACCCCCUGGGCAUGUGCGGGAUCUUCAAGUCACAGACACAUCGCACACCAGCAUCACCCUGAGCUGGGCGGGGCCAGAUACCCAGGAUGGGGACGAAGCCCAGGGAUAUGUGGUAGAGCUGUGUGCCUCCGACAGUCUCCAAUGGAGCCCAUGCCACGUGGGCACUGUGCCAGGCACCACCUUCACCAUCAAGGGGCUUCGGCCCCGAGAGGGCUACUUUGUGCGGGUGACAGCAGUUAACGACGGGGGUCACGGCCAGCCCACUACCCUGGACACAGUAGUGCAUGCCAUGCCUGUUACUGUCUGCCCCAAGUUCCUCAUGGACUCCAGCACAAAGGACUCACUGAUGGUCAGAGCUGGGGAUACCAUUCGUGUGCCUGUCUCCUUUGAAGCUGGCCCCAUGCCUGAGGUGACCUGGCUGAAGGAUGGCUUGACCUUGCCCAAGAGAAGUGUGACCAUCACCAAGGAUGACCUCACCCAGCUUCUGAUUCCUGCAGCUGGCCUCUCGGACAGUGGUCGCUACACCGUGGUGCUGAGGAACCUCCAGGGGAAGGAGGCUUCCCACGACUUCUUCAUCAGGGUGGCAGCACGCCCACAGGCACCCGGGCCCAUCCACCUGCAGGAGAAUGUGCCUGGGACGGUGACGGUCCAGUGGGAGCCCUCUCCAGACGAGGCCCAGGGUCCUCCCCUGCACUACACAGUGCUGAUGCGCUCCUCAUCACAAGGCGCCUGGCGCCAGGUGGCUGACCACAUCCACACCAACCACUUCACCCUCCUGGGCGUCCUUCCUGGUCAUGAGUACCACUUCCGAGUAGUGGCCAAGAAUGAGCUGGGAGCCAGCAGACCCUCAGACACCAGCGAGCCAUGGUGCCUCCCCAGGCAGCGAGGCAAAUUCACCGUGAAGGCUCGCAGCUACCGGGAACCAGAUCUGAGCCAGAAGCCCCGGUUUCUGGUGGGCCUGCGGACCCACCUGCUGCCUCCAGGCUGCGAGUGUUGCAUGACCUGCGCGGUGCAGGGCUCUCCCCGACCCCACGUCACCUGGUUCAAGAAUGGUCAGAGCCUGGAAGGACACCCCACAGCGUACAGCACCGACAUGCUGGGCGUGUGCUCCCUGGUCAUCCCCAGCGUCUCCCCUAAGGACAGUGGCAUGUACAAGGCUGUGGCUGAGAACCCGCUGGGCCAGGCUGUCAGCACUGCCACCCUCAUUGUCACAGAAUCCAGCUCCUAGCCUCGUCUUACCCUGGGAUGGCCCUGCCCGGCCCCACAGCCUCGGGAUGGAUGGAUAACAGAUCUCUGAAGCUUCACCUCUGACACCCACACUGGCCUGGGGGCCAGUCCUGAAGGAUGGAGUCCAUGUCCUGAGACUCAGGAAGACAGGAGUGAGGGCCUUCUGGGGAGGCUUGGCCAGCAGGACAUGGAGUCCCUGGGGAAGAAAAAGAAGGGUACAGGAGGUGGACCCCAAAUAGUCACUGAAAAGGAUGAGCAAAUCUCCCAGACCCUGCCCAUGCAGAUUUCUUUCUUCUCCACUUCUGGAGGGCUGGAGAGAACCCACCUGCCGGAUGCUCCUCGUUUGCUAGGCUGGGCCCCUUGGAGGGGUGGCAGGAACAGCUGAGCCUCUGUGACAACAAGGGAGGAAAGGGUAAGAGAAGUCAGUGCCCUGGGUGAGGCUAAGGGCAUCAAGGGCAUGUUGGGGUGUGGGGGGCACCUUCUGUACCUUCCUUCAUUAAAAAAAUCAAAGAAAUUUUUUUCUUUUUUUCCCCCAGUGCUGGGGAUUGAACCCAGGGCCUUGUGCUUGCGAGGCAAGCACUCUACCAACUGAGCUAUCUCCCCAGCCCCCAAAUAUCUAAGAAAUUUUUGCAAAUUAACUUGGAUUUUGUGUGUUGUAGGAAUGAUUCCAAAGCAAAGGUUUUAUGUAUACCAGGCUUCUACUGGGAGACUGGGUGAGCUUUGGUUCAAGGGAAGAAUGAGGUCAGAGCUGGGGUUUCCUGCAGCACAGGCCUGUACAGUUAAUAGCAAGGGUAGAAACGCCGAGAAAGGUUAGAGGCUCUGUGUGGCGGAGGCCUCCCUUCUCCUGGCCCGUGCCUCCCGCAUGCUUCCAUCCUGCAAACGUCCUGGGAGCAGCAGGACUGGAGCCCUCCCUGGGCACAGAACUCAAAUGCCUGUCCCCCCAGUCACAGCAACAGUCUGGGCUGGGGAGACUCUUAGCCCAGGAUCUGCAAUGUGGGCCCCUGACAGAGGGAAUGAGUCCAUUAGGUGCAUGAAGAUGUGACUGUCACUCAAGGCCCUGUGAGGCUUCCCCACCUUCUCUGUAGCCCCACUGCUCUGUGUCACAGUGGUUCAGGGACCACCUCUUCCUGGAAGCGUGUCUGUGACACCCUCACUUCCAGAACACUCACCUGCUGUCAUUCUCAGGGCACAGCUCCUGCACCCCUGGGGCUCCCAGGGAACAUUCUGGACUUCACAGGGGCCAGAGGAAGGAAGAAACAUAGGGAAGGCCAAGCCCUACCCUCACCCUCUCAGUUCCUGGGUCCAGCGGGCCACCUGGAGAGCAGGAACCCAAUCUGCUCUUCACUCUCUCUGCUUGGACCCUGCCGCUGCCUUCCACAGCCCCCGCCACCCCUUCACUGUUGCAUGGCAGAUCCAGAGGAAGGAGCAGAAGCCACAGAGAGGGCUUGGGGAGGGAUGUCGAAAACACUUCCUGACGAGUAGGAAUAGUGUUGGGGGAGCUUUCUGAACUGGAGAGAUAACUGUCCACCCAAAAUAGACCAAGAGUGUCCCCAGAGACAGGGGGUGGACCUCUGCCUGUGCAGGCUGUGGUUCAUUCCUGCGCUCGUGAGGAAGCUGCAGGAGCCAUCUCCUUCUCCCCCCACCUCCACCUUGCUCCCACAGCAGCCCACAGCUGGGGCCACAGGAAAAGAAGGAAGUUCUUAGAAGUGAGAGGAAGAGGCUGGAUAACUCGGCCUAAGUGGAGCACUUCCAAAAGUGCCUCCAGGCUGCUGGAUUCUGGAGUAGGCAGAGGUCAAGGACAUAGGCCUGUGAUCUGUGGUUUCAGAAGUAGGAGGAGAGGAGUUUGUACAGAGGGAAUGGCCAGUGCCCAUGGCCUGCCUGGCACUGAACAGAGGCACAUGUAGCAAGUAUGAGAGGUGACAGUUUCCUGCACAGCUAGAGGGAGGGGCCUGGCCAUCUGAGGAGACACAAGGAUAAAAGACUAAACCACGAUGACUUCCCCGGACCUGUUCAUUCACUCGACGAGCCCUGAACAGGCACGUGGAGGGAGACACAAAACUGAGUGACAUGGGUCAAGAGACUCGUGGCAGGGAGGAAAGCCUUGUAUACCAGGAUAGCAGAUACACGCACUCCCACACAGCUGCCAAGGAAGCCCUGAGUUGUCAGAGGAUAGAGGUUGUGGGCCUCCAGACUCAAGAAGGCUCCCUACAGCAGUCAUAUCCUCAAAGGGUCGGUAGGAACUGCCCACACAGAAAUGGGCAAGUGGGGAUACGUGGCCGAGGUGGGUUGGAGGCAGGAAAGCACAGACGGGGCUCCCUGGCUGGCAAGCGGGUAAGUUGAGACGGCUCAGGGUGCCCACAUGGUAGAGGCCAAAGGAAAUAUUUCAGGGCCAAAUUUGCAGGUGUGUUGUGCUGGGGACACCAAAUGUUGUGUACUCAGACUUCCUGCCCUCGGAGCUGGGACGUGGUGGUCAGUCUGUGAGUGGACAGCAGAGGGCUCAUCUGGAGCAAGCAAGGUUAUGUGUUUCCGGGGGGGGGGGAAUAGGAGAGGGGAAGGAGCUGUCGCCUACAUGAAGCCCUGCCAGUCAAAAUAUAUGGAAUUGAGUAUGCAUCUAAGGGUUUGAAGACUAGUUCUGCUACUGACUAGUUGUGUGAUAUACGGCAAGAUCUUUUGCCUAUCUAUACCUUGUUCUUCAAUUAUAAAUUAAGAGUUGCCAGGCCCAAGGUCACAAUGAUUUUCUUUUCGAACUUCCAUGAUUUUAAUUCUUACGUUUCAGUGUAUCCAUUACGAGUUGAUUUUUGUAUGUGGUGUGAGGUAACAGUUGAGAGAUUUAUUUUUCUCUUGAUUAUCCGAUUGUUGUCCACCAGA